AUGAUUCAUGGAAAUAUAAGGAAAAUUUAUUAUUAUACGCCAUUUGAAGUGGCAAAUAAGCUGCACUUCACUAAUAUUAGUAUGAAUAAAUCAAAUACUUCAAAGUUAUGUGAAAUAUUUUUAAAAAAUUAUCCAAAAACAUUCAAUGCCAUACCUAUUAGAAUAUCCUCUGUUAAAAGAAUUGAACUUUUAGAAAAUGAAUACCCAGAACAUUAUUUAAAAAAUUAUAAUGGAAGAGGAGCUGAUUUUGGUGCAGGAGAUUUUGAUGGAAUCCUAUAUACAACAUUAUCGGAUAUUCUAAAUGUUACUUAUAUUAUAAAAUCUGUUUAUGAUUUUGGAUAUAAAUUAAAAAAUCAAAGUUUUAUUGGUACAAUUGGACGUGUUAUGUAUUCUGAAGCUGAUAUUACAAUGAAUACACAUUUUAUAAUGGAUUAUAAUACAAAUGAAAUUGAAUAUUUGACUGGAUUAUUAACAGAUAAAUUUUGUGUUAUUGCACCAAAAGCCGAUAUUAUACCACAGUCCAUGGCAGUUUUUACAUGUUUUCAACCACAGACAUGGGCUUUUAUAAUACUAAUGAAUUUUAUUUUUGAUAUAAUGACAUUGGAUGAAUUAGAUAGAACAGGAUUAAGAAUUGCAUUUUUAUCACCAUCAAUUGGUAUAAUAUUCUCUGAUCAUUCUGAUUUAUCUACAAGUUCAUAUCAUCGUUUUCAACAUAAAAUGAUUUUAAAACGUAAUGCUACUCAAUUUAGACAAGCAAUUGAUGAAGGUAGAAUUUGUUACUUAGAUAGAAAAACCUUAUUUGAAAUUCAUAAGCACAAAUAUGAACGGCCAGAUGGAACAUUUCGAUUACAUUUAAUACCAGAAUGUCCAAGAUCAUUUUCAUUAACAUAUAUUGUCCGAAAGGGAUGGUCAUUAACAGAAAAAUUCAAUCGUAUGCUUGGUCUCAUUAACUCAAGUGGAUUAAGAUCAAUAUGGUUAAAAUGGAUAAAAGAAGAAACCAUUUUGUUAUUAUGA